AUGGACGCAUCUCAACCAGUCAUUACCGCCUCCGCGGCUAAGCUUCACUUAUCUCCGACAUUGCAGAUCAAUGAACAUGUUCAUCGUGUUCGCGCGUCGGGCAAGAAGGUGGUUCACUUGGGCUUUGGAGAAGCCACUUUUCCAAUUCAGGUGGCAGUUUUGAAAGCUCAUCGCGAUGCGUCAAAUUCGACUUCAUAUAUGCCAGUAGCCGGGAUUUUGGAGCUCCGAGAGAGAAUUGCUGCAUACCAAUCGGGUCGCCUUGGUAUUCCGGUUCACGCUGACCAAGUGAUUGUUGCCCCGGGAUCAAAGCCUCUUCUCUUUGCUCUCUUCGAUUUCUUGGAUGGGGAUGUACUUCUUCCUCGCCCCUCCUGGGUUAGUUAUGAGCCCCAAGUUGCGAAUGCAGGCAAGAGGUUGUUUUGGAUCGAAACGGACAAGCAUGAUCGCCACACCUUGACAGAGGCAGCGCUCGAUCGUGCCUACAGCUCUGCGGUCGAUGCCGGCGCUCGCCCGCGUAUCAUGUUGAUCAACAGUCCUUCCAACCCGACGGGACAAGUAUUUAGUAAAGAGCAGAUCUCCCUGAUUGUCGAGUUUUGCCGCAAACAUUACAUCAUUUUGAUUAGUGAUGAAAUAUACUCUGACAUCUGCUUCGAUGCCGAUGAUGUGAAAGUCAGCGCAUUCGGAUCUGCAUACGGCAAUGAUGGCACCGUGAUUAUGACCGGCGGCCUCUCCAAGACAUAUUCUGCUGGUGGCUGGAGAAUUGGUUAUGCAAUCUUCCCCAGCUCCUCUGUCGGCAAGAGCAUCCGGCAAACUACUCUCGCCUACGCGUCGGAAUGCUGGUCUGCCGCAUCCGCACCGGCUCAAAUGGCCUCGAUCAAGGCAUUUUCAAGCAUCCACACAACAGCAGAACCCAUUGGACUUGCCAUGGACGAGUAUCGCGAGGCAGUCACUUGUCUCCACCGAAUGUGCACAAUGCGACUGUACCAUGCCCUGAAGAAUUGUGGCCUUGCAGUCGCCGAGCCAAAAGGAUCCUUCUACCUGUAUCCGUCAUUCCACCCGUACGAAUCGCAGCUAAAGAGUAUUGGUGUUGCUACCAGUUCUGAGCUGUCGACAUGGCUGAUUGAAGAGUGUGGUCUCGCGGCUUUGCCUGGGUCUGCAUUUGGGGAGAAGGAUGAGUGUGAACACUCGGGAGGUGGAAACCUCCGACUGAGGAUGGCGACAAGCUCUCUUUAUUUCUCGUCUGAGGAGGAGAGAUAUAGCAUGGGGUAUGCUUUGUUGAAGUCAGCCGUCGCGGGUGAAGAGGUGCCUCUGCCACUGUUGGAUGAAGCGAUUGCAGCAAUUCAGGCCGCGGUGAAGAUGCUCAAAGCCGUGUAA